AUGUCGAUUCUCAAGCUGGUCGAGGACCGCCCGACGCCCAAGUCCGUGUAUAACUGGAGAGUCUAUCUCCUGGCGGCCGUCGCCUCAUGCACAUCAUGCAUGAUCGGCUAUGACAGUGCCUUCAUCGGCACAACCCUUGCCCUAGACUCGUUCAAGGACGAGUUCCAUUUCAACAACAUGUCCACCCCUGCCAAAAACCUCCUCAGCGCCAACAUUGUUUCCCUUUACCAGGCCGGUGCCUUCUUCGGUGCUUUCUUCGCGUAUCCCAUUGGUCACUUCUGGGGCCGCAGAAUUGGUUUGAUGGCUUCUGCUUUGGUUUUCAUUCUCGGUGCUGGCCUCAUGCUUGGUGCGAAUGGUGACCGCGGUCUUGGCCUGAUCUACGGUGGACGUGUCUUGGCUGGUCUGGGUGUCGGUGCCGGGUCCAACUUGACUCCUAUCUACAUCUCUGAACUGGCACCCCCGGCUAUUCGUGGUCGCUUGGUCGGUGUCUAUGAACUUGGCUGGCAAAUUGGUGGCUUGGUUGGCUUCUGGAUUAAUUACGGCGUUGAUUCUACUAUGGCCCCGAGCCACAAGCAAUGGUUGAUUCCCUUCGCGAUCCAGUUGAUCCCCGCUGGCCUGUUGGUCAUAGGAUGCGUUUUCAUCAAGGAGUCGCCUCGUUGGUUGUUCGGACGUGGUCGCCGCGCGGAGGCCAUUAAGAACCUCUGCUGGAUGCGUCAAUUGAACGAGAAUGACAUUUACAUGAUUGAGGAGAUCGGUGCUAUCGACCAAGCUCUCGAGGAGCAGCGUACGACGAUCGGUAUCGGAUUCUGGAAGCCCUUCAAGGCUGCCGGCACCAACAAACGUGUUAUGUGGCGUCUCUUCCUCGGAAGUGCCAUGUUCUUCUGGCAGAAUGGCUCUGGUAUCAACGCUAUCAACUACUACUCCCCGACCGUGUUCAAGUCCAUUGGUGUCACCGGUGGUAACACAAGUCUCCUGACUACUGGUAUUUUCGGCGUUGUCAAGACCGUCGUCACCUUCGUCUGGCUCCUCUGGCUGAUCGAUCGAGUCGGCCGUCGCAACUUGCUUCUCAUCGGUGCCCUCGGUGGCUCCGUCUGCCUCUGGAUCGUCGGCGCCUACAUCAAGCUCGCCCAGCCUGCCCUCCACCCCAAGACCUCCAUGGACGGUGGCGGUAUCGCCGCCAUGUUCUUUUUCUACCUCUGGACCGUCUUCUAUACUCCCACUUGGAAUGGCACCCCGUGGGUCCUCAACUCCGAAAUGUUUGACCCCAACAUGCGAUCCCUCGCACAGGCCUGCGCCGCCGCCUCAAACUGGCUGUGGAACUUCCUCAUCUCUCGCUUCACACCUCAGAUGUUCACUACCAUGGGAUACGGCGUUUACUUCUUCUUUGCGUCGCUGAUGAUUUGCUCCUUCGUCUUUGUUUACUUCCUCAUUCCCGAGACAAAGGGCGUGCCCCUCGAGAGCAUGGAUCAACUCUUUGAGAUCAAGCCUGUGUGGCGCGCGCAUCCUACCAUUGUGGCGAAGCUGCGCGAAGACGAGGAGCGCUUCCGUCAUGAUAUCGAGGAGUCGGGUUAUGCGAACAAGGUCGAUACCGAGCAAGUCGAGGAUACGGCUAAGUUUGCGUGA